AUGUCAACUGGGGAUUAUGCAACAAAUAUACAACACAUUAAAUGCAAGAGUAGCACCUUAGAAAUCAAAGAAAAAAAACAGGGACGAUCUCUUAGGCAGAAGAAAGUAGAGUCUUAUGCUGAAAGUACAAUAAGUUCAACGGAAACAAAAACAGAUUUCGAUUCUGAUUAUAUGGAAACACCCGAAAAGGCAAAACGUUCUAUACAAUAUUUGGUCAAACAUAUUUCAGUAAAUGUUAACAAGCAAUGUGUGAUAAUGAAAGCUGAUCAGGUUGAUGCAAUUCCAAAAGAAGUUCGUAGUUGGCUUAUAAAUGUACUAUUGUCAGAAAAGAAUACAUUUGAGAAUGCUAUUACGGUUUCAUUGAAUCCCGAAAAUUUGUUUCAAAAAGUCUGCAAAAUUAUUCUUUAUGACUUUUUCUUCAUGACUAGUAAAGGUCCUUUGGAUCGUUAUAUUGAGGAAAGGAAAUAUAUCGUGGAUAGAAUAGCUCCUUUAUUUAAGGCAAUUCAAUCUGUUUACCGAGAAUACACAUUUGACUGGAUUGAAGUGCAAGCUAACUGUAUCAAGGAUGCAAAAAUGUUGUUUCCAGAAUUUGAUUUGACAUUAAAUAAAGUAGAUGGAAUUGUGCCUGGAGGACCAGAGAAUGCUGUUAUAAAACAUGUCAGAGAAGAUACCAAAAAGCUCAUAAAGGAAGCUAUGUUUGGUGAUCGAAUUACACUAAGUGAACUUCGUCUUAAUAAGAAACAUUUUUAUAAAAUUUCGCAGAUUAAGUCAGCAAUGAUACCAUUCUCUUUUGAAGAAGUCGAAAAUUUCAUGGAAAUCUUUGAACUACUAUAUGCUUUGAUG